AUGCCCGACGACAAGGAUGAACCCACAGAAUCAGACAUAGGUUUACACGAGCACAAGCCCGCGCUGCAAGUCAUCUGUCUCGGGUCCGGCGGUGGACCGAGCGAAGAGAAUGUCACGGGCUUGCUCGUACGCUCCGUCGCCAGCGACUGGGCAAAGGGGAGCUUGCUGGCCGUUGACGCCGGCUCCCAUCUAGCGCCCAUAGUCAAGAUCCUCGAGCGUGACUUUCCCAAUGAGAUUGUCAAGCCUGAGCCCACCGUUUUGACAGCAGGGCCCUUCGCUGGUCUAACCUUUCCCAACACCUCGGCCCGCGCAAACGCCUUGCACGUUCUGCGGAAUUACAUUAGCACGUAUCUCAUCACGCACCCCCAUCUCGACCACUUGUCCGGCUUCGCGAUCAACACUGCCGCCUUCCAUGCUACGUCCAGACCGAAGACCGUCGCAGCCCUGCCCAGCACCGUGGACGCCAUCAAGCAACACAUUUUCAACGAUGUCAUCUGGCCCAAUCUCACCGACGAGGAUGGAGGCGUGGGCUUCGUCACAUUCCAACGGCUCAAGGAAGGUGGCGACCUGAUGAUAGGUGAGGGUGAAGGGAGAGGAUACAUAGAAGUGUCCGACGGACUCGGCGUGAAACCGUUCAAAGUGUCUCACGGUGUUUGCACAAAAAGUCCACCCAGUCAUCGCCAUCGAGGCAGUGUGCCCAACAUCUACGAUUCUCAACCCCCGUACAACGGCUCCGGACACGGCGAGCCGGCUGCGAAUCCGGCUCGCCAGACUUCGCUCACCGGCGGCACCGGCCAAUACUCCACUCCGGGUACGCCAGCACGCCAAACCUUCUACAACAGCACCAUUUCCUCUCCACACAUGUCCGGUCUGGAUCACAAGCCCUGCGUCGUCGACAGCACAGCAUACUUCGUUCGGGACUCCGCCUCCAACCGCGAGGUGCUUAUCUUCGGCGAUGUGGAGCCCGACUCCAUCUCGAUGAGUCCCCGUACGCACUACGUGUGGCAAGAAGCGGCGCGCAAGAUCGCGCACGGCUUACUGACCGGCAUUUUCAUCGAAUGCUCCUACGACGACAGCCAAGCGGACGCAGUGCUCUUCGGACACCUCAAUCCGCGCCAUCUCAUUGAGGAAUUGCAGACGCUCGCUGCGCUAGUCGUCGAUGCCAAAGCGGCGCGCCAUUUCGAACGUGCGGUCAAGAAACGUAAGCGCUCCGGGCCGAACGGGCUUGAGGGUACGAAGAUGGCAGGCGAUCGGAAGCGAAGCCGCAGCCUCGCCGGCCGAUCAGGGCUGUCGAGGGAGCCGCGCAGAAGCACUAUCAGGACAAGCCCAUCGACCGCACCGCCUGCCCACUCGUCUGAACCGCCUUUGCACGGCGUCAAGGUGGUUGUGAUUCACAUCAAGGACACGAUGAAGGACGGCCCGCACGUAAGGGACAGCAUUCUCGCGCAGCUGGAGCAGUACGAGCAGUUGCUGCAGGCCGAGGGCCGCGGCUUGGGCUGCGAGUUUGAGAUUUCGGCGGAUGGGGCGAGUUAUUGGUUUUGA